GCUUGUUAUGUCAAACAAAACAGUGUGUAGCAUUUUCUGUCGAAUUGUCGCAAAGACAUCGUAAAUAAUCACAAUAUUCAAAGAAUAAAUAUUUAAUUUAUUGUAAAUAUUAGCUGAGUGAGAAUUGUUUGUGUGUGAACGGGAAUCAUGGCCGAUGAUUUACAAAAUUAUAAAUUACAACUGCAACAAGUUGAGGCAGCCCUAUUGACCGAUCCCGAGAAUAGUGAACUGCUGAAAUUGAAAGAAGAUCUGGUUGAGGUGAUCGAAUUGACACGCGAUCUGAUCAAAACACAAUUGGAAGAGCAAAAGAAAACCUCAUAUGUGGAACCAAACAAAUCAUCAUUUCCAUUAGAAUCGGAUGAAACGGGCGAAUCGUCCACAGCAGCCACCAGUUUGGGCGAUGAUUUUGACGAAAUUGAAGCGGCAUUAUUAGCGGCUGAAAAAGGAACAACGCGACCACAAUGGAAAAUUGGCGAUAAAUGCCAAGCAAAAUGGACUGAAGAUGGCAAUUUUUACGAUGGAACCAUUGAAGGUAUUAGCGAAAGUGGUGAAGUCAAUGUUGUGUUUGAAGCAUAUCAAAAUCGAUGCACCACCACAUUGGCCGAACUCAAAGAGCGCGUUGUACGCAACGAAGUUUUCCCAUCAAACAAACGACAUCGGCCAAACAAUAAAGAAUAUUUGAAGAAGAAAAAGGCGAAGAAACAGCAACGAUUCAAAGUGCUGGAAGAGGAACGUGAACAGGACAAAAACAAAUGGUUGAAUUUUUCAUCGAAAAAUACCAAAAAAACGGGAACAAUCAAAAGCAUUUUUGCAUCACCGGAUAAUGUGAACGGACGGGUGGGCAUUGGUACAUGCGGUGUCAGUGGCAAAGAAAUGACUAAAUACUCAUACGGUGAAAAGUACCGAAAAGGCACAUAAGUUAGGGAGCGAGAAAGAGAGAAUAAGAAACAGUACUAUUAUUAUUUAGCCGAAUACAGAAACUUUUUUUUAGCGCGCUACAAUCUAACGUAACAUACUGUAAUUUCCACACAUACACACACAUACAUUUUUUUUCUUCGUCUGUAACACUGAAUUUAAACGAGCUAAGAAUUAAAAAGAAAAAAAGAAGAAUACACAUACAAAAUAAAAAUGGUCCAUUUUUUUCGUUCUCCAUUAAUAAAGGAUGAGAAUCGGUUUUCUUUUAGUUAAUUUAUUGAAUAGUUACAACGAAAGUAGGUCUCUAAUGACGCUCAGCGGUGGUGAUGAUGAGUCAAUGUUGAGAAUUCAGUGUUUAGCGAGAGCGUGAGAGAUAGAGAGAUAGAUAGAGAGAGAGAGAGAGAGAGAGAGAUAUCUGAAACUAGCGGAACUUGGAACAUCAAACAUGGAGUAGCGGUAAAAUGACAUUUACCUGAUUUUCAAUGCCAAUCAACAGAUUCAGUGCAGAAAGCCUAGAGAGAGGGAUAAAUGAACAAAAAAAAAACGACAUACACAAAACAAAAAGAGAGUUUGUACUUAGUGUGUGAGAUAGAAGAAAAGACACAUUUUUUUUAUAUUUAUAAGCGAUAAGUGUGGCCCAUGACACGUGAAUAAAUGUCAGAAAGAAUGAAAAAUGUAAUAAAUAUCGCCGCCAGAUUUGUUGGUGUCAUUUUGAACCGAGUUUGAUUGAAGAAAACAUAUUCUCUUGUUCUGGUGUUGUGUAUUCACUUGUCGCUCGUAUCUAUAGAAGUGUGUGAAGUUUUCGUGUUGCGCUGGAACAUUUUCUCCUGAUGUUGUUUGGUGUGUUCCACAUCUGUUUCGUCGGCGGUGUUCGAAUGACAUCAGUGAAUGUACAAUGAUGAUAGUUUCCUCUAAACGUAAUUUCAAAUCAAUUUCAAUAUGAAAAAUUAAAAGAAAAAAAAAAAAAAAAAUUACAAGCAAAAAAAAAACAA